AUGUUAAUAUUUUUUUUAACUUUCCUUAAUCCACUUCUAGCUUAAGAACAAGUUUCAUUGCCUCCUCCUACAUUAUCAUAUUUAAAAGGUAGUGAAUUCUAAUAAUUAAUGGAAAUAUUAAUGGGAAAAUAAUAUGGAUAGACUAAAGCUUAAUUGGCUGAAAUUGGAGGUUAGAGUGUUGCAGAAUAUAUCCUUUAUUUAUCAAGAAUUGAUGUGCCACUUAAAAAAGUUAUUUUUAUUAUUGGAUAAGAUUUUUAAGGAUCCUCAUAUCAAAACGGAUAUUUUGGAUUGGCAGCUGCACGUUAUUUGGCUUAAAGAAAAGUAGAAGUUGAUGUAGUUCUUUUGUAUUCUAAUGAUCCAUUAAGAAGUAGAUUAGCAAUGCAAUGUAAAUCACAUUCAGCAACAUUACAUUUUGAUAUUCUUUAAAAUCUAUAAGAACAAUUAAAUGUUUAAAUGACAAAGAACAUAUUAGCUAAUUGGUUAAAUGAUUAUGAUCUAGUUGUUGAUGCCAUCUCACUUACUUCAAUAGAAUAACCAAAAACUCCUGUUAGAGAAUUUAUGCAUGCCUUUUCAGAAGUAAAUAAAAAAGUACUUGCCAUCAAUCUACCAGUUGGAUGGCAUACUGACAAUGGAAAUCUGUAUAAUGUAUAUGUGCCACAGUUUGUGAUUUCCUUGGGAUUACCUUUGAAAGGUAUAAAAGAAUUUGAAGGAUAACAUGCCAUAGGAGGUAGGUACAUACCUUAAACAAAUACUUUUAAUUAUGUUUUGCCUAAAUAUAAAAUUGAAGAUAGUUUCCAUUUACUAUAAAAGUGA